UUACUACUUGUACUUGAUUGCAUUGGCGAUUUACAUGUUUUAUUAAUAAUAUUUAUGUAUGUAUAAAUUUCUAAACAUUUUUCACAGUAAAUAAUAUGCAUAAGUGACCCGCUGAAAUAUGGCAGAUCUCAAAAUAUGUAGGAUAUGUUUACGAACCGAGUGUAAAGUGUUCAAGUUUGAUCAAUUUCAACUCAAAUCUUAUUAUGAGGAAGUUAUGGCAUUAAAAGUAAAUGAGAAUGAUGUUCUACCUCAUUAUUUCUGCUACGAGUGUGCAACAAUGCUGCACAAGUUCCACAAAUUCAAAGAGAAGUGUUAUUGUGGACAGAAAGCUCUCAGAGAAAUGUUAUGGAGAGGCCCGAUAACGUAUGAAGCCGUUUACAAAUUUGACCGAAAAGCCCGAGACUUAGAAUCAUCUUUAGAAAUAAUGACUGUAACGAACCAAGUUCAAUCAUUCACCGUCAUAGAAGAUAAACCAGAAAACCAAAGAGAUAUAGAAAACGCCACAAUCUGUGCCAAUAGCCUUAAGAGUGAUUCUACCCCAAAUAGUCCGACAUCAGUAUUCGUAGAUAUUAAGAAAGAAGUCAUCAAAUUAGAGAAUAAGAACAUAGAUGAGCGAAGAAAGAGCAAAGACUUUGAACUUGAUGCUUGGAAAAAUAAAACCUGUAGACGCACAAGGUUUCUGGAUGCUAGUAAUUGGAAGAAGUGUAGUUUAACUGAGGAAGAGGCGGUUAAGGAGUUUAGAGAGAGGGCCGAGGAUCCGAAGUAUUUGAAAGCUAGUCACAAAUGUCAGGAUUGCUUCAAGGGGUUUUCUAAGAAGGAAAUGCUGAGUCGACAUCUGCAGUUGAGACACAGUGAGUCGCUGGGCCCGUUCUCGUGCCGACUGUGCCGCAUGCGGUUCAAGUGGGAGUCGCACCUGCGGGCGCAUUUACGCCAACACUUCACCGAGUAUCGUUGCCGGCGCUGCCCCUUCGUCUGCAACCUCGAAAAUUCAGCUCUAUUACACGAAGAAUAUCACAGUGGAAUUACGAGAAAGUGUAUUCAUUGUGAAGAGGAAUUCAGACACGCGUCGACGUACUACACGCACUUGCGCACGGCGCACCGCAGCGCGCACGUGUGCACGGCGUGCGGCGCGUCUUUUGUCAGUGAGGCCGGCCUGCGCCAGCACACGCAGCUCAAACACAAGCACGACGUAUUCUCGGAUAGCGGCGACGACUCGGAAGUGGAGACGUACUGCGAGCGCUGCGACAUCCGCUUCGAGUCCCCGAAGGCCUACGAGGAGCAUAAGUUCCACUCCGUGCUCCACUCGGAAGGCGUCGAACAUGAACUGCAAGACGAGAUCGCUAUACCUAGAAAAGUCCUCGGCAAACGACUUCGGGCAAAAAUAACAAAAGAAUUGAAGAGAAAACCGGAAGACGAGCAGUUUACCGCUUCAGACACAAAACGUCGGAAAAAAAUGAAAAGAAAGCGCCGAAAACCUACCACAUGUCAUCAGUGCGGCAAACACUUCGAGACACAAACAGCGUGUAUGCAGCAUCACCUGCGGCAGCACCCGCGCACCUCCUUCUACCCCGACAACGAACGUCACAUCUGCGAGAUUUGCGGCGCUUCGCUCGCGCCGGGCAGCGUGGCGGUGCACCAAAACAUGCACACGAGGAGCACCGUGUUCCCGUGCGAGAGCUGCGGCCGCCAGUUCCACUCCAGCGUCGGCCUCAAGCGGCAUCUAGUGACGCACACGGGUGAGAAGCCGUUUCAAUGCAGCCUGUGCGACAAGCGUUUCACGCAGAGCAACAGUAUGAAACUGCACUAUCGCACCUUUCACCUCAAGCAGCCCUACCCAAAGAGGAACAGGCGAAAGAAGAAGCAAGAGGAGGCCCCGGAGACCGUAGACCUGGAGUCCAGCUCGUCGAGCCUGCCGUCGCCCGACGUGAGCGCGGGGCCGCCGCGGCCCGCCGCGCGCCCCGUGGAGGCGCCGCCGGAGCCUCGCCUCGACCAAGUGCACUACCUCACGCUCAACUAG